UUCUUUUAAGAAUAGUAGAUAUUUCCAUGCUUUUAUUAUCAUGGAAUUGAAUGUAACUGAAGAUGCGGUGCGCACGUGGUACGAUAAAGUGCAAUUCUCUUGGUACGAUUACGUCCUGUUCUGUGGAAUGUUGGUGGUCAGCACUUUGAUCGGCGUCUACUUUGGUUUCUUCGACAAGAAGAAACCCUCAGCAAAUGAGUACUUAAUGGGUGGAAAAAAGAUGAACAUAUUUCCAAUUGCCGUGUCCCUAGUAGCUAGGUACUUUUAUUUAAACCAUAUUUAUUACAUAAUUUCAUAUAAUUCAAUUGAUUUUAGUCACGUUUCUGGAGUAUCUAUUUUAGCGGUACCAGCUGACGUCUACAGAUUCGGCUUCGGUUAUGGCCUUUCCUUCAUGAGCAUGUUCAUCAACACCUUACUCACAAUCUACGUAUUCCUGCCGGUGUUUUAUAAGCUACAAAUUACAAGUAUGUUCGAGUACUUGAAGUUACGAUUCGACACGAGGGUCAGAUUGAUGGCUUCAUUCUUGUACGCCCUUUCGGCUAUCUUCUAUUUACCCAUCAUAAUCUACGUUCCGGCUUUGGCAUUCUCACAAGCUACUAACGUAAGCAUCCAUUUGAUAACACCCAUCGUGUGUGGUGUGUGCAUCUUCUACACCACGAUUGGAGGUUUAAAAGCUGUGGUAUGGACGGAUACUCUUCAAUUUACAGUAACUGUUGGAGCCAUGAUUGCGGUUUUCUUUUACGGUGUUAAAGCAGCAGGAGGACCUACGGCUGUCUACCAAAUCUCUUUAAAUGGAGGAAGAUUGGAUGUAGACUUCGAUUUUGAUCCAUCAAAAAGAGAUACGUUCUGGUCGAUGCUGAUCGGAUUUUCGGUAUAUUACAUAACGCAUUUCUCGAUCAACCAAGGCUCCGUGCAGAAAUUAUUAUCUUUACCAACGUUCAGAGAUUCUAAAAAGGCAGUCCUUGCUUUUGGUGUUGGCAUAACCAUAGUCAAAAUGACGUGCGUUUUCACCGGAUUGAUUAUUUACGCUAAAUACUACAAUUGCGAUCCGAUAACCACGGGACAAGUACAAAAAACCGACCAGAUUCUUCCGUAUUACGUGAUGGACGUGGCCGGUCACAUCCCGGGAUUACCAGGAUUGUUUAUAGCCGGCGUUUUUUGCACAGCUUUAAGUACUUUAUCGGCUACAUUGAAUUCCUUAUCCGGAUCUUUGUACACGGAUUUUGUAUCGAGAUUGAUGCCCGAAGAUAUUACCCAACAAACUGUUAGUAACGUUCUCAAACUAAUAGUGGUCAUCAUUGGGGUAGUCUCAACUAGUUUGGUGUUCAUCGUGGAGCAUAUGGGUGUAUUAUUACCACUUUCCAUCAGUUUAUCCAGUUUAACUUCUGGACCUUUGCUAGGAUUGUUCACUUUCGGAAUGUUUUUCCCAAAAGCUAACUCUAAGGGCGCUUUCUAUGGAGCCGUCUCAUCUUUAUGCUUCUUAACCUGGAUUAUAAUUGGGACGCAAUACUACAAAGCCAAAGGAAUGAUCACGUAUUCCUCACUGCCAGUAUCAACGGAAUCUUGCGAUUUCAAUUUCAUCCCCAAAAACUCCACAAUACUGGAUAAACCGGACGAGGUGUUCUUUAUGUACAGAAUUUCGUAUUAUUAUUACAGUAUGAUUGGAGCUAUUGUAUCUUUACUGGUUGGUUCACUGGUCACGUAUUUCACGAAGAACCAAGAGGCUCCGGUUAGGAAAGAGCUGCUGAGUCCGAUCAUCUAUAGGUUCUUGAAGGAUGAGGAUCAGUAUUUUACCGUGGAAAUGGCGAAGAAAGUUGUGGAGCUGAACGACGAGAAAUAGUGCGUGCGUUUGCG